GGCUGUUGGAUGAAUCAGAAGCAGACAUGAGAAAGCAGAAGCAGCAGUAGCGGUGGAUAAAUGACACACACACACACACACAUACGCACACAGUGAGUCAAGUCUCUCCUGUUUACCAAAAACAAACACAAACUCCAUCGGUCGAAGUGUGAGUGUGUUCCUAAUUGCGAGGAGUUACACAAAGAAUGGGCGUGGAUUAUCCAUCGAAAGAGAGCCCAGAGACCUUGGCUGUUUUUUUUUUUUUUUUUUUUUUGGAUGAGCAUCUGAGCGCUCGGCUCAGUCGGUGAGCGGCAGAAGAGGAACCAGCAGCAUGGAGUGCGCAGGGAGUGCAGCAUCCUUUGUGUGAAUCCUUCCCCCCCAAAAAAAGCCAAGUAAAGGCGCGCAGGAAGGAGGGGAGCCGGGGGAGUCAGAGGGUCGUUUAAGAGUGAGAUACAAGGAGAGAGGGAGGGGAGAAGGGUAGGCAAGUCUGGACCAGGUGAUUGAGUGCUAACAAACCUCCAAGGGGGCUGCUGUGGGUUCGAACACAGGAUCAGCGACCAUGGUGCCAGCGCGCUGCCCGGGACUGGCCCUCCUGCUCCUCCUCCUCUUCCUGGGGUGCGCCGUGGUCGUGUGCCUCGGCCAGAACGACACGGAGCCCAUCGUGCUGGAGGGGAAGUGUCUGGUCGUGUGUGACUCGAACCCUUCCUCGGACGGAGCGGUCACUUCUUCUCUCGGCAUCUCGGUGCGCUCCGCAGGGGCGAAGGUGGCUUUUUCGGCCGUGCGUGGAACCAACCAUGAGCCGUCGGAGAUGAGCAACACCUCCAUGACCAUCUACUUUGACCAGGUUUUAGUCAACAUCGGCAACCAUUUCGACCUGAAAGCGAGUGUUUUCCAGGCUCCGAGGAGGGGGAUUUAUAGUUUCAGCUUCCAUGUAGUGAAGGUCUACAACAGACAAACCAUUCAGGUAAACCUGAUGCAGAACGACUACCCGGUGAUAUCAGCCUUUGCCGGGGACCAGGACGUCACACGGGAGGCGGCAAGUAACGGAGUACUGCUGAUGGUGGAGCGGGAGGACCGCGUUUACCUGAAGCUGGAGCGAGGCACCCUCAUGGGCGGAUGGAAAUACUCCACCUUCUCAGGCUUUCUGGUCUUUCCUCUAUAAUCUGACCCCGGGAUGGGACUCUGCUUGGAUCACCAACAACAUGCAAUUUAUUUUCAACAAGAACAGCCAAGGAAGACGACGAAUAUCCUAAUGAUCCACAAAACCUCCCACCUACCCAACCUCCCUCCUUCUCCUCCUCACAUUCGUCUAUCUAGUCUAAUAUGAACCUUGGAGAUUCACAAAUUCAUCAACUUUACGCAAGCAGGACGUCGUGGUGGUGUUGGGAAUUUUUUUUUUCUGGCCUGGAAAACCAAACGGGACAAAAGCAACAAAGGAAAGGACAUAAAGUGGAAGAAGCGACCAGUGUGUUAUGCUCUAUUUUAAGUUUUGUAUAGCCUUAAAGAAUAUAUGGUUUCCGUCCAAGUGAAGUAUAUGGAAUUAUUGGACAACCACAGAAAGAAGUGAUUUUUUUUUUUUUUUUUUUUUUUUUGCUCGAAUGGAUGUUUUUGUGCCGUCAAUCGUUUUACGUUUGGAUGCUGAAAAUAAGCCAAAUCAGGGCCGCCAGAAGAGUCGUUUAUGAAAAGAAGAAGAAGCCGCCAAAAAGGACGUGACUCAGAGAGCCCUUUUACCGAAAAAAAAGAAGAAUGAAUCUAUCAUUUAUGAAGUACAUAUUCACAUUUAGUGUGUGUUCGACAUUGCGGAAUCUGCUUAUAGCUUUUGAUUGAUUUUACUGUUCAGUGACGUUGCUCACCAAAUGUACAAUGUGGAAACAAUAGAAGAAUCCCUAUAUAUGUCCCGCUUAAUAAAAUAUAUUGUAUUGUAUAGACUAAGCGCUUACUUUUUAUUGGAAAUGAGCUGGAAACUUGGCAGGGCUCGUGUCAUGUCAAUGAGGCCUGCUGGUCGCUGUCCGUGGUGCUGAAACCAGAAAGGUUCAAAUAAGAAUCCUGUGGUAGAAAAUGAUGAAAGGGUAGUCGGAUGUAAAUGUAAUCAUUCAUACAGUUCAUUCAUACAUUCAUAAAGCUGCCGAUUAAUCGAUUAUUCACUUUGACUAUUUUUGUAUUCGAUUAAUCGUUUUUUUGGUUUGAUAUUCUCCGAUUUCAACCUUUCCAAGAGACAUCUUUAACUCUUUUCUGAUGCAGUAUGUUGCUUGUGUUUGGUUCCUAAUGAUUGGUGCAUUUCGGGAAGGGGUGUCCAAAGUGUGUCCUGGGGGCCAUUUUUGGCCCUCGGAUGCUUUUUAUUGGCCCACUGCCAAUAUAAAAAUAUUGAAAAAAAAAUUCAAAACUUAAAAAAAAAGAAAAAAUCAGCAGCAAUUUCAGAAAUAUUGUGAAAAUAUUAACAGAAAAACGUUAAAAGGUUUGAAUUUUACAAGUAUAAUGCCAUAAUAUGACAAAAAAUAACAAUUUUAGUCGAAUAAAGAUUAAAUAUUAAAUACUUUUUUUUAAGUUUUGGAAAAUUCGGUUGCAGAAGAAGUUGUCUGUUGAGAAUUCAGUCAAAAUAUUAAGAAAUGACUUGUUCCAUGCAAGGCAGGGGUUUCCAAAGUGCAGGCGGGGGGGGGCCAUUUGCGGCACAUUCUCAAAAAUAUAAUUCGACAAGAAACAAAAA